AUGUUUCAGCGCUUGAUACGUCUCAGGUCCGGCAGCAAUGUGUUGGGCCACACAUUGAAUAACAAUCCACCUCCUCCGAUCUACACUCGGCAUCACGUCUCAAGAAGACUCAAAGGUUCUUCCGCAGCGACAGAAUCCUCGAAAGCGCCUCUAGCCGGAAUUCAUAUCCUGGACUUUGGACGCAUUCUCGCAGCACCAUUCUGUUCGCAAAUUCUGGCGGAUUAUGGCGCAGAUGUGAUCAAGAUCGAGCAACCCAAAACCGGAGACGAGACGCGAGGAUAUCGCAUCACAAAUGAGCUCCGGAAAUGGAAACCAGAGGCUCAGCCGAUGAGUUUUUAUUUCGCGGCUUUGAACCGGAAUAAGCGAUCCAUCACCCUGGAUCUCAAGCGCAAAGCAGGUGUUGAGGUUGUGCAUCGACUCGUCGAGACGGCAGAUGUGGUGCUCGAAAACUUCAUUCCUGGUCGUGGUGACAAGCUCGGGAUAAGGUAUGCUGAGCUUUCUAAAAUCAACCCUGGUCUGAUCUACUGCUCGCUGUCUGGGUAUGGACAUACUGGUCCUGAUUCUGGGCGGGCGGGAUACGAUGCAAUAGCUACUGCUGAAGGCGGGCUUCAGCAUAUCACCGGCGACCCCAAAGGACCACCUGUGAGACCGGGCUUGGGAAUGAUCGACAUGUCAACCGGUCUCUUCGCACAUGGCGCCAUCAUGGCUGCUCUUCGGCAUCGAGACCAGACUGGCAAGGGACAACAUAUCGACUGCAGCUUAUUCGGCACGCAAAUCAGCAUGUUGGUCAACAUUGGUGCCAAUUGGCUCAAUAUGCAACAUGAAGGUCAGCGCUUCGGGUCUGGACACCCAAGUAUACACCCAGUCGGCGUUUGGCAAUGCAAAGACGGCAUGUAUCUCACACUGUCCAUCACCAACGAUCGACAAUUCAAGCUCUUGCGCGAACGACUCGGCCACCCGGAAUUACCCGACGAUGUGGGCUUCGCUACCAACGACAUGCGAGUCGCGAAGCGAGAAAAGCUCGACGAGAUUCUGAGCCAGAUCUUGCGUGAGAAAGGGGUAGAUGAGUGGAUGCGGAUUUUUGAGGGCUCGGGUCUUGCAAUUGGUCCUGUCAAUACUAUCCAGAAAGCUUUCGAGCAUCCGCAGACUCAGGCGCGAGAUAUGGUUCAGAGUCGUGCUUGGGAUGCGGUGGAAAGUGGUGAAUGGAAGGCUAUUGGAUCUGCGGUCAAGUUUAGUGAGAUUGAGCCUGAGAUCCGGAGGUUGCCGCCCAAGCUGGGAGAGCAUACUGAGGAGAUCUUGGCUGAGGCUGGGUAUACUCGGGAAGAGAUCGAAAGGCUGCGAAGAGAUGGGAUCUUCUAA